UACCAAAAUAUCCACAUUAUUGGAACGACUGCCAUCUGUAUUUUGAAAACAUUGCCCAGUGUGGUCGAUGAAGUAGUGAGUGAAGUGUGUCUGAAAGGGAUUAAACCGCCAUGGAUUCUUCCUUACGUGAACAGGUCAUGAUCAAUCAGUUUGUCAUGGCUGCUGGAGCAACUAGAGAGCAAGCGAGACAAUUAUUACAGUCUGCUCAUUGGCAGUUUGAGACUGCACUAAGUAUAUUUUUUCAAGAAGCCGUGCCAAAUGGUGGAGCAUCACAGCAUCAUCUAAAUCAUGAAAGUUUGAUUCACCCUCGUCGGCGCUGGAAUACAUUAUGUACACCAGCGAAUACGCCCGCGACUCCUCCUGCCUUCCCCGACGCCCUAGCAGCUUUUUCAAAAAUGUCUACGCAAGACAAGUUAUCUACUUCGCCGUCAGGAGGAUUCUCCCCUCCGCCUCCACAGUUCCAGGCUCCACAGUACCAACCUUCCCAGUUCCAAGCUCCCCAGUAUCAACAAACACAGUUCCAAGCUCCUAUGUCACAGCCUUCCUCCAUGAUGAUGCAACAACAACAUCAACAGUCGCAACCAAGACAAAUUAUUGCAAAUAAUAUUAAUGCACAAAGAUAAGUUUAGCUUAGUUAACUGAGGUAGAUAACAAUAAAUGCAUCCUUAAUUUGUCAUUAUAAAACUUAAGUGGGAUGGAGUAAACUGUGGACAUAUUUUUAUCAUCAGUGGUAGUUGGAGGGUGCGGGGAUGUGGAAGUGGAAGGGUCUGUUGCUCCACCCUCCAGACGACAUGUAUCUGUAGAGCAAAGACAAUAUUAAUAAGAUAGUCAUUAUUUGUUCCCUGUUGUUGUGACUGUCAGUAAUAUAGUUGCUCUGCCCUGUUGUUGGAAGGUUGAUGUUCAAAGUUGUUCUUCUUUAUAAAAAGUAUGAACACUGCAUAUUUAGAAAUUGAGCAACCAAGUGUUUCAUGAUGCAGCCUGUACAGAAGAGUGAAUGUGCAACUUUACCCACUGAAUUAGAGCCAACAUUUUUUUUUUUCUUGAAUCUGAAGUGUCUGGGGGUACUAUUGUGGAUAAAGUUAAGUUCUCUGAUCAUGGAGCUGCUUCUGAGAGUCUAGAAAUAACUUUCAUACAUCAAAGUGAAAAUGACCAGAAAAGAAAUUGAGUGUAUUAGUUCACAUCUCUUAUAAUUUAUUUGUCACUUAUGCUCGAAGUAUUCCAUUCCUAAAGGACAGACCGGUGUUUUAAUGGAUAUUUUAUCUAGAUAAAAAGUAUAAAUAUGAUGUCAUUGCUAUCCAAAAGUCAUACCAGCUACCUAAUUCUUGUUUGAGAAAUAUAUUGCAUAAUUACCCAGGCUAUCUAUAUUGCCAGGUCCACUUAAAGUAGACUAGUAAAGCAAUUUUGAUUGUUGCAUAAAAUAGUGGCAUGCCAGUAAUCCAUGUUACAUAGCUGUUUGUAGGCAGUGAUGGGAGCAUCACCUUUGAGAGGAUACCAGUAUUCCAGAGACAUCAGAAAAGUGUCAGAUUUAUAACAGAACUUGAUCACAUCUUUUGUCUGCAGUGAUUCACCCGGCAGAUUCUAAUACUUGUAUUGUAUUUCAUUUGCCACAAGUAGAUAUUUUGCUGUUGAUGAUCUUCAGGCUGGCACCUCUCACAUUUGUUAUUCAACUCUUCCAGCAUUUUUCUUACUUUAGUUCCUGUGCCGUGCCCUCCACACAAUGCCCAGUCUUAGUAGUGAAUUCAGCAGUGAUGUUCAUAGAUUGGAGGCUUCGAUUCAUCCGUCAAAAGAGACGGUCACAGGAUUCAAAACUAAGGUUUGCACCACUGACUUAAUGGUAAAUUUCAGAGUACAGUACUUUAGAGUAGUCUAUACCUCUACCUGUAGUUAGCAUAAAAUAUCCGAAGGCUUUUUUUUUAUACAAUAGAUAAAUUAUUUUUCUUCUUAGAAUAUCAGAAAGGUGAAUGUUACUGUAAUGGUAAUUUACUGUAUAUAUCUCAGCAAUGAUUCAUAGCUCAAGGUAUCUUUUUAAAAAAUAAACACAACUCUCGUUUAAAGUCAACUCCCUAAAAUAACAUGGUUUCUUGUCAUUUGAGACAAUGACAACACUAACCUUCAUACUUAACCAUCUUUGUCCAUUGUAGGUGUUUGUGAGUAACAUUUAAGCAUUUUUUGUAUAUCGUUUAUGCUGUGCAUUAGAUCUUUUGCACCAUUCUCAUUAUGAGGCAUGUGUUACCAGAUUUUGUGUCUGUAUAGUCUUUUGUUAGUCUCAUUUUGCAGUGUUGCUUUGGCUUAGGAGAACAUGAUAACUAGUGUGGUUUUUUUAAGGAUGGUUUUUCAGCUUGAAUUGUAUUGGUUUUGGACAGGAAAAAAUUUUCAUUAAAAGUAAUUGUAUUCAAGUUGAAAGUUCAAGUUGAUACCCAGUUACAAUAAAUUGUGUUUUGAAACUCUGUUGUGAAUUUAGACAGACACUCCUCAUUAGUAUGUUCAAUUAGUAUGUACAUAUUGUUGAGUAAUUAAAGCAGUCUUUAACUCUUUGUAAAUCGUAAAGCACUGGUCUUUCUUACUUAUAUUUCAAGCAUAUUGCAUAUAAUUUAUAUUUGGGUACAGCAUUAUAAUUAAAAAAAUAUGUAGAAACAAAGAUACUCCCUUAUUUUAGAUAUUGAUAGUAUUUGUAUUUAACUAAUUUUAUGUUGAUCAACUCUUAUUAAAAUUUUUAUUGGAAAUAUAUCACAUUACAUCUUACCUGAGUUUUUCCAAAUUCUAGGUCAUCUGAACUGUUUUGCAUACAAGCCAUGAGCAUUUGAUUAGAUUACACUUUGUUACAUGUUACUGUGAAGUUAUCCACACUUGUAAACAUAUUGCACUGCAAGACAGAAAUUCACAGCAGUCCAACUGAAAUAGUUUAUCAGAACUCUGACUAUACCCAAGUUGCACAUUUGGUUCACAACAUUUUUCACGUUCUUGUGGAGAAAUUUUAAAUUCCUACAGUCUAUAUGGUAAUUUAAAGAGACUUUGUACUUUGGGUAUUUGAAAAGAAUGCUAGGUGUUUGUUACCUGUAUGUUCAUAAUUAGUUUCUGCAUUUUAAGGUACAUAACUUAUUGGAAACUGAAUAGAUACAGUAAAUUGGUACUUGUUCUCUGUAAGGGUAGUUUUAGAUGCAGUAAUUUGUAAUGGAGAAAUGUAGAAUUUAAACUAUUGAAGUAACAUGUAUAGUUUAGAAAGAGUAAAAAGAAUGGUAUAAAUUUUAUAAGAGGUGUUUUUCCAUUGGUAAUUUACUGAUUAAAUGUUUUGAUGAGCUUCCUUUGAGAUAUCCAGGAGGAAAGUAAGUUGAUGUACACUAAAUUUUUAUAGAGCCGUGUACAGUAGUUUAGUGCAGUCAUUUUUUUUUUUUUUACAUUCUUAUGGUAUUAUUGUAUACAGUCAGAUGUGUAUCUAAAGAAUAGUUUACAGUUGUUCAGAAGGCUGUGGUUUGAAACUUUAUUUUUAAGAGGGUGCUUUUGAAAACUGGUAUUUUAUAUCACUUUCUGUAUACCGUGGCAACUUUUACAUUGAAAAUCUGAUACCUUCAUAAAUCUUAAAUUGCAAACUAGUAUUUUUUAAAAAAAUUGUUAGGGCUUAUUUUAUUAGAAUCAUGGUAAGGUUUUCAAAAUAUUGAAACUGAUUGAUGAUUCAAGGUUCAUGAGAAAGGGAAAAUAGUUAGAGCAUUGACAGCUGUGAGAGAAUUGGAGAUUUCUUGGUGUUCUAAGAUUAAAAGCUGCCAGAAGUUAAGAACUAAAUUGAGAUGUAAACUAUUCAACCUUGCAAGUACAGUAAUGAAAUGGCUCUGUAAACCAACAAAGUAUCCUACAUUUGAAUGUAAGUGUGGCUCAAUAUUUAAGAUGUUUUUAUUCUAUUUCUGCUGUCUUGUCCUCUUGUAUGUGUACAUUAACAUUUGACCUUGCUAAUUUAAUGUUGGUAAUAAUCAAAUAGUUUUCUUAAGUUAAAUGCCAAAUGCUAGUAGAUGUAUUUAUGUAUGAUGUUUUCAUGCUAUUUUGUAUAACAUUUUAUGAAAGGCAAGAACAAAACAAAAGCAAACACUCAAAAAACUGAAAAACUGGAAAGUAUAGAAUGAUUAUUACUGCUAACUUGUCAUGACAUAUCGUGUUGAGGUGGCAAAGGCCUACAUUUCCAAAGAAUGGGAAGGAGAAUAUAGGUAUUAUAACACUCAUUGUUUUUAGUCUUCAAUUUUUCAGUAUUAAGAACAUGAUGCCUAUUCAAUCUUACCCUGUAAACACUUCACAUUAUUGCACAUCAGGGUAGAAUAUCUGCAUUUUUAUGUGAAGACAUAAUGCAAUGUGUUGGUGUCUUGUACUUAGUGAUAUAUAUCUUCAGUUCUGUAUACAAGAACCCUGUGUUAGAUGGGAUCACUAAAAACUAUUUCACUGUAGCUUUUGUUUUAUAUUUUCAAAUGGUGUCAUUGAAUUAUAAGAGAAGACAUGAAAGUUUCUUCUGAAAAUAUUUCUAAUGGCAUUACAUAUUUUUUUUCUCCUGAAAAUAUUUCUAAUAGUGUUACAUAUUUUUUGCUCCGAACUUAUUUUUUAUCAUACCUAUAUGCUUCAUUUCCCUUGGUAAAUGAUGCUCCUUUUCCCUUGGUAAAUGUUAAUUUCAUUAAAUACUAUGACAGAUAAAAUUCAUUGUUGAUCAAGUUAAAAAAAAUAUACUUGCAUAGGAAUGGUAAAGGCUGAUAAUGUUUUUAUGUAUGUACUUUAUAACAUCACCAUGAAAUGUUCAGUCAGCUUUUCCCCAUAGGAGUUAGAUGUGAAACAAAUAUCCUCUUCUUUUUCUGCCUGUACUCUCCAUCAGCAUCAGGUCUAGGUUUUCAUGUAUCCUAUUCUUCUAUAAUUUCUUUGGCCUUCUUACAGGCCCUCAUUCUGUUACUUCCAUGUCUAUGACCAACUGUUCUUCAUCUUUUGUCUGCGUGAGAGAUUGCAUUUUUUUCCAUCCUCUUGAUACCACAUCACUCCAAUUUCACAUUUGCAAUACAAUCUUCCCACUGUACUCCAGCCAAGAAUUUUAAUAUUCUGUGGUUACAUCUUAACAAAAUCACAAUGAUAAUUUUUAGUGCCCAUGGUAAUGGUGCAUAGAAGAGCACUGUACAGGUCUUUUGGGCUCACUGUUAGUCUGCUCUCUCUACUAAUGAGACAUUUUUAUUUAUAAGCAGGCUAGUUUUCUCUUCAUUUCAUCUGAGCUGCAGUCAGUUUUUCUUUCUUACUGCCCUAUAAAAUCAUUCUUCACAGUCCAGUGUGUCCCCAAAGUUAAUGGUUUACCUCUCCUAGACCUGCCCAUCUUAUCACAACAGGGUUCUCAAUUCCUCUCUUAUCUUUAUUGUAAGGAAUUUUUGGCUUCAAAAAUCUUGUACUACAAGUAUAUUUUAAAAUGUCGAUAACUUCUUGUGACUACAUUUGGUACACACCACAGAGUUCAUCCCAUACUUCCAUGCCACUCUCCUAUCUUAAACAGUUCGAUGACCUAUUCCUUUGAUUCUGCUGUUAGCCACCUAUAUUCACAGCAUAUAUUUAUAUAUAUUAAUGGUGAGGCUAAUUGUCACUCAGUUACUGUAACACGAAACUCCAUGUAUUAUUUACUUGACUAACCAUUAAGUGUGGCUCAGUCUAUUGCUGCUUCGAAAUUCGUAUAUGUUGCUAUUAUACCAUCCUCAAUAAGGCAUUUUGUACAGAACAAUAGUGGCAGCCAAGUUUGCAAUAUUGUAAAUGUUUUCAUGGAAAACAAGAGAUUGUAAUUGGUAAUUUCUGGAAAUAUUAAGAAAGGUCAGUAAAGAUGCUAUUUCUCAUUCUCAUUCUCCUACGGGAAAAUUUGUGUAACUACAUUGUUGACCUAUCAUGAUUCUUGAUAGUUUUUAAAGUACCUUAAUCCAUAUUUUAUUAAGUGACCCCUUUUUUCUAGGCGUUGUCCAAAGGAAUUGGGAACUGCACUCAUUGUAUAAGGCAUGGGUAUACAAGGUGUAUAGAAGUUAAAGUUAUGGUAGGAGUGAGUGAAGAGAAGAAAAAUACAUUGUUGCAAUGGAAUUUUUGUUCAUAGGUUAUUAGGAUCUGAAGCCUUUGACAGGAACUUUUUUGUUUUUUUAAUUAUAUCGAUUACCAUUUUUAAGGAAUUGAGCGCAUGUAAGUUAAGAAUCAAGUUCUUGUGAGGUGUCAAGGUUUUAUUUUUUGCUUGAAAAGAAAAUGUUCCCUCAGCAGCUAGACAGUUGCCCAAAUACUGUACUUGUAUAAGGAAGGAUACCAGUUUUAAGUAUACUGUCUUUGCAUUUAAAUUAGGUAUGCAAAGUGAAUUGAAUGCUGUGGUAUUGAAGAGUAUGGACAAUUUUAAGGAAAUUUAAUCAUUGCACUAAGCCAUAUUUAAUGGAAUGUUAACAUUUUAAAUUGUUUCAUGUGGGAUGAAUUAUAGUCACUUCCUGUAAUUUUAAUAAAAAAAGUUGUUGGUUCAUAUAUAGUUUUACAUUUCAAGGUUCAAAUAAAAAAAAAAGUUGAAAAUGUCUAAAGCUACAGUACUUGUGUAACAUUACCCUAACAUUUUGCUCCUUUUUGUGAAAUUGGUAUCUGUAUUAUGUUAUUUUUCAUUACAUAUAAUUUGGGGUAGAGUUAUGAUCAGUUGUCUCUUCACACUUUAUUAUUAAUAUUAUAAUUUGUAAGGUGAAGGUAAAAACUAAUCGUUGUGGGUAGUUAAGUGGAGGCUGGAAUUGUUGGCUUCCUCAUAUUUCAGGAGGAGGAGUUGACAGUAUUAGAAUACAGAAUAGUAUUCAUCUCACUCAUCUAUAAGUGAUGGAGUUAGGAUUACUGUGUCAUUAGUUUCUAUUGAAUUUGUAAUUAUGUACGUAUUACAUAUUGUUGGCAAGGUCGAGAUAUUGUACAAAAGCAAUGCUACAAAAUAUAUACAUAUUUCACAUAAAAAACUCAGGAGUAAAAUGCCAUGCUUAGUAUGAGGGCCUUAAACUGUUAGUUGUCAGUGCAGAAUCAGACGUCUACCUCACAGAUGAUUGUUUCAAUGCAGAGUUGCCUCUGAUUUUUUUCAGUCUCAAAUACAGUGUUGCUUUAUUAAAAUCGGAACAUUUAUAAGUAAACGUAGCCAGAACAGGCUGAAUCUGAACCUGUGUGCAGUUAUGCAAGCCACUGUAGGAAAUGGCUGGGUGUCCAUAUGAAUGUGAAUUAAGUUUAAUUUUAUUUAUUACCAAGUGUUAAGUUGAUCUCUAGCUUUUAAUGUAUUAUUUAUAUCAACAGUACAAGAAUUUGUUCUAUUUGUCAGCUGCUGAAGUCAGGUUUAGCAUUGAUUGUUUACAGUUAAGGUCUCAUAUUGCUUGUAUCCACCAAAAACUCUUGAGGAAAAGAAGGAAUAUCUUCAAAUAUGCUGCAGUUUAUUUUGUGUAAAUAGAUGUAUGAUAGGUUACAAUAAUAAGAAUAGAGCUAAAUACUAACUUACAAUUUUAUUUCUCACAGACUACUUUUGAAAGUAGUUGCGUAAGAAACGUACCCAGUUUAAGAUAUUCAUUUUCGAAUAUCAUCUGUACAUUGUUGACAAUUCACAUACCUGUUUGCACCUGAGAUCACUUCACUUAGACUUACACUAACACAAUGCAAUCAGAUUCAGCUGGGAAAACUGCAUAUAUUUGUAUUGUUCAAAUAAGCUGUCAAGGGAAUUUGCUUUUGCAUGUUAUAUUAAUGGCUGAUUUAGGCGAUUCCAUUUUGACAUAAAAAAAAUCGUUUUGCUCAAUGUUGAAAUAAAUUCACCAAAUAAAUGACACUACCUACUUGAAUUGUAACAGCAUUCAGCUUUUAAGUGAAUGAGCCCCAGGUGUCUUAUGUGGGAAACACUUGUAAUAGGCUUGAUUUCCCCAAUACUUCCACAGCCAACAGUCAUCUUAUGAGCUAAAGUAAAUUUGUAGUUAUUGUAUGUUUUAGAACUUGUUCAUGACUCAUUUCUUCAACAAUGACUGGAGUUAAAUGUGACGUGUCCAGUCAGUGCCACUUGGUAUUCCUCCCUGGAAGUGCUCAUCUGAGUGGAAUAUUUGUCAACUGUGUAUCAUAGAUUUCAUUUAAUUAAACAUGAUGUAAAAUUCAAA